AUGACUUCUUCUUCAAAUAAUAUUUUACAAUAUUGUUCAAAUGACACUUCAGUGGUUUCGGCUCCAGUCUCAACAAAUAUGGUUAUUGGUUCACUAACUGUACCUAUAAAAAAUGGACUUUCGUCCACUCUUUCACUUGAUGGUUUUCAACAAGUAGAAAAUAAAAAUAAAAAUAAAAUCAAACACAAACUUGCGACAUCUGCAAUUAAGAAAAAACGUACACAUUAUCAAGCAAAUGUUAUUUCAAAUCCUGUGGCGUCUUCACCUGUGUCUUCUACGCCGACCGCUGUUGCUGCUAAAACCUUUACUUCAUAA